AUGUCUACUCACAAAGAUGGGACCGAAUACGACAUUAUAAUUGCUGGAGGGGGCACCGCGGCCUGUAUUGUAGCCGGCCGGCUGGCGAAAGCAGAUCCCAAUCUAUCGAUCCUCAUUGUCGAGCGUGGCAAGAACAAUUUAAAUGAUCCAAAUGUCGUCAAUGCCUCCAGAUAUCUCACCCACCUAGCUCCAAACUCCCAAACGUCCAUCGCCUACAAAGCUAACAAAACGGCUGAUCUGAAUGGUCGGGAGCCCAUCGUGACGACUGGAGGCCUUCUUGGCGGGGGUUCAUCCAUCAAUUUUGCAAUGUAUACACGAGCAUCGGGCGUUGAUUACGAUUCCUGGAAUACUGAAGGAUGGGAUGCAAAAAGCUUACUACACUACGCAAACAAGUUGGAGACGCAUCACCUUGACCAUCCUUCAGUUGACAAGAGCGUGCAUGGGUAUGAUGGCCCAAUCAAUGUCUCCUUUGGCUGCUACAGCGCCAAAGAAGCGCAAGGCGACAUACUAGCUGGUGCUGAGGCUGUUGGGCUUCCCGAGAUUCCAGACUUGCAAGACUUCAAGACUGUCGGUGGCUUCUCUCGAUGGCUGCGAUAUGUUUCGCCCGAUGGCAAGCGACAGGAUACGGCGCAUCGUUAUGUACACCCUCUUAUGGCUUCGGGAAAAUACCCCAACCUUCAUCUGCUCGUCGAAAGCACCAUCAGCCGUGUCAUUUUCGAAGGCAAUCGAGCUGUUGGCGUGGAAUAUUUGCCAACUGCAUACAACCAACCUGUCGCCAAUUUUACCAAGGGGCCGCCGCUAACUAUUAAGGCGAGAAAGCUUGUCGUGGUAUCAGCGGGGGCUCUUGGAACACCGCUGAUCCUUGAGCGAUCUGGAGUUGGCAAUGCUGAAUCGCUUAAGAAGCUGGACAUUCCCGUCGUUGCUGAUCUACCAGGCGUUGGUGAGGAGUAUCAGGACCACAACCUGAUCUUUUACAAAUACAGGACCACGUUGAAGACCGAUGAGACACUUGAUGACUUGAAUCGAGGCACAGUAGACUUUGACGAGGCGGUUGAGAAAAAGAACCCCGUCAUUACCUGGAACGGGAUCGAUCUAGCAGCCAAACUUCGUCCAACAGAUGAAGAAGUUGCACAGUUGGAUCAAGAGUUCCAAGACCACUGGAAUCGUGACUUCAAAGAGCAAAAGGAGAGACCCUUGAUGCUCCUAGCCGUCGUCAAUACUUACCUUGGCGACUACAAGACUUUGCCUGAAGAACAAAGUGGGCCGUCUCAGUACCUCUCCAUUGGCAUGUAUACAGGCUAUCCGUAUUCUCGCGGCGACAUUCACAUCACCUCCAAAGACCCCGACGCACCACCUUCCUUCAACACAGGCUUCCUCUCCAAGAGGGUAGAUGUGACAAAGCAACUUUGGGCAUACAAGAAGCAGCGAGAGAUUUUCCGUCGCACGAAUGGGUUUAUAAGCGAACUUGCCGUGGCACAUCCUAACUUCCGUCGCAGCAGCAAAGCUGCUCUGCGAACCGAGCCUGAAGUCAAGGAUGGCUUCAAGGCGCUUGAAGACAGAAAACUUCUACCACCAAUUGAGUACGAUGAAGAAGACGACAAGGCUAUUGAAGACUUUAUCCGGUCAAACGUUGAAACGACGUGGCAUUCUCUGGGAACUUGUAAGAUGGCGCCAAAGGAGAAAGGCGGUGUUGUGGACAAGCAUCUCAACGUCUAUGGUACAGUUGGGUUGAAGCUUUGCGAUCUCUCAAUUGCACCCGAGAAUGUUGGCGCCAAUACGAACAACUCGGCCCUUAUUAUUGGAGAAAAGGGAGCGGAUAUCAUAGCGAAAGAACUUGGGCUGGUAUUGUAA